AUGGGGAAUCAAGGCUAUUGGAUACCAUCUAAACACUUGAAAGCUCAGGACUCUCAUAUAAUUUUAAGCACUUUUCCAAAAUCUGGCACUACAUGGAUAAAAACUCGUUGCCACUCACCCUCUCCUUGUAAUCCUCACAACCUUGUUCCUUUCUUUGACAUCCAAAUUUAUGGUGAUGGAAAUGAAAAUCCUAAUCUAGAAAACCUACCUAAUCCACAUACUUUUGCUACUCAUCUUUUAUUCUCACUAUUGCCACCAAGCAUCACAUAUUCCAAUAGCCGCAUCAUGUAUAUAUGUCAAAAUCCUUCGAAUGAGCUUAUCUCCUGUUGGUACUUUUUUACAAAUCUAUGUCCAAAGCACAAUGAGUCAAAUUCGAUUGAAGAACUAGUCAAGAUGUUUCAAGAAGGAACAUGUGGGUAUGGGCCAUUUUGGGACCAUGUUUUGGAGUAUUGGAAUAAGAGUUUGGAGAAAAAAGAUAUGAUUUUACUUCUUAAUUAUGAAGAUUUGAAAGAAGAUAUUAUAAGUCAAUCUAUUAAGCUAUCAGAUUUCUUGGGAUCACCAUUUUCUGAGAAAGAAAGAAAGAGAGGAGUGAUAGAAGAUAUAUCAAGAUUAUGUAGUUUCAGAAAUUUGAUAGAAUUAGAGGUGAACAAAAUUGAAGACCCUGUACAAGGAAUACCAAACAAUUUUCUUUUAGGAAAAGGGAGGUGGGAGAUGGGGUUAAUCAUCUAA